AUGGGCGUGACAUCUCCUGUUCCAAAAGUGCCCCUGGGACAAGCUUUAUCAUCUGAAUUCUUUUCCUGUCAAUUUGGAAGAAACACCAAACGGUUGUUAUUGCACGUGGCCGUCAAGCAUCGCCAAGUGAAAAUAUUUAAUCACAUAAUAGAGUUGAUCGGAAAUAAUACAAAGGCCUUUGCCGAAUUACAAGCUGAUAAGGGAAAUAAUAUCCUUCAUUUGGCGGCAAAAUUGGCUUCUACAUCUCAAGUCGCUUCUGUGCCAGGUCCUGCAUUUCAGAUGCAGCUAGAAUUCCAAUGGUUCAAGGCCGUGGAAGCAAUAGUCUAUUACGAGUUAAGGAUAAAAAAGAAUGACAAAGGAAAAACUCCUCGAGAAUUAUUCUCUGAUACCCAUGAAAAGUUGCUAAAGAAUGCAAAGGGAUUGACGAAGGAUUUAUCAAACUCGUGCAUGGUGGUAGCUACUCUGGUCGCAACAGUUGCAUUUGCUGCUAUGAUCACCGCACCCGGUGGCAAUGAUAGUGAGGAGAAAUUUCCAAAUUUGUGA